UUUAAUCUGUUUUUCAGUGACAGACUGAGAAUUAACGUUAAGCACAGUAUAAAGAUGGCGUCAAAAGUCACUCCAUAUUUCAUUCUUACUGCCGAAGGCUUGGGAUCUAAUGAAACGUCAAACGUUUGCGACGACACAAAAGAACAAACGGAUGAUGAAAAAAACACCGAAAUUGUCAAAUACAAAAAGCAGCCAAUGGUUAAUAAUAUGACUAGAAAAGAACUUACUCGGAAACGAAUGGAGUUCAUUCAACAAAAAUUGGAGGAAUCUAGAGCAAGGCAUGCCGAAAAGCAGAAAACACUAUCGAUUAAUUUAAGACCGAUUCCCAGAGUUGGAGACUCAUUCAUGCCGCGGACUCCCCACACAUACGUAAUUCCGGAUACUUCACAAAAACCCCAACAAGAUCAGCAGCCUCCAAAAGGAGUAGAAAUGGUUCCGCUAUCAGUAAGCCGCAAAUCCCCCACUAACUCCGACAUGCCUUAUGUUUAUUUCGUCGUUUCUGUCGAUCGUCUGCAAAGAUCAAAAACGGACUUAAGUUCGAGUUCUUACGACGACAACAGUCUUGGAAGCUCCUUAAGUGGCAAUUCAAGUGUUAAGAAAAGAAAUAAACUACUUUCGAGAAACCAGCGCAGAAAAAAGAAACAAGAUGAUGAUUUCCCAACUAUUUCCAAAAGUGAUGGUAACUUUAGCAAUGGGAAGAAGCAGAUAGUCACUAGAAAGCACUUCCCCUUUUUCUAUGGAUCCUCACCCGUAAUUCCCCCGCCAACCCCAGUCACUGUCACCACUUACAAUAUGCAGGACAGAGCUGACGAUGAGUGUCAUACAGACAGACAUCUGUCGGUGGGUGAUUUGCGGGAUUUCAACGACAAUCGUACCAAUCAACCAGGCAAAGCUUCGCCACCACGACUGAUAGAACUUCCUUAUAUAUCGGGAGAUCUUCAGCGAAAAAAUCUGGGAUCGUCGAAUUCAUCCAUGGAAGGUAAAGCCAUGGAGGUUUAUCGCAAAACCUUGGCAAAUGAACCAGGGAGGAAAGUACACUUUGCAGAAGGAUUCGACUUGCCAAACAUUCGUGGAGGUGGUGGUAUGGGUAUUCCGAGGGGACUGAUUUCUGAUUUGGGGGCUCGUCCAAACACCAUGCCAACAAUAAUGAGUGGGCGUGAAGACUUUGAAAGAUAUAUGAAUGCCCCCAUUCCGAGAACAGCAUUUGGAACACCGAGAUCUCGAAAACCCGGACAGCCCCUGAAUCUACCAAAAAUUGAUAUCGUGUCGGGGGUAUAUGACGAACUCAUCGUAAAGGCAAUAGAAGCUUAUAUCAACGAAUUCCCACCGAAUUCUAAACAAGGAAAAGUUGCUCGUCAAUUGCUACAGCAGCUUCACGAAAGAACGAUAACGACAAAUGACCUAGCCAACAUGGAGAAAAAACCUCAUGGUCAUGGAUUGAAAAUCAAGGAAUUGGAUCCAGAAAUUCCGAGAGGAAACGAAAUGUCUGGGAGUAAAACAUCCAGAGGUCAUCGACGCCCUGUCAAACCUAAGGCAGACGGCGAGUUUAGUACGCUUGCUCCAACUUGUUUCCAGAUGGUGGCGCCAGGGACACUAUCGGCCCGCGAUGAAGUUACAGUUGUAUCGUUGAAAUAGACAGCGCCUAGGGAAAAAAAUGCUUAUAGACAAACUUACAAUGAAAUCAUUUUGGGAUUUUUUGGUUUGAAUAAUAUCAUAUAAUACAGAGUGCGUCAGAAAAAAUACAGGACGAGACUUUGCGGUAGACAGAUAUACACAACAGUGUGGUCGUUCAUCACAUACGUUCGUCAAAACAUUUUUAGUGCUAAAGUUUCUUGUGCUGAAUUUACUUAUCAAUGACAUGCCUUACGCAUGUUUACUCUAGAUAUGUACUUUUUUUAUCAGUCACCGUACUCUUCUCAAUGUGUUCUUGGUAGUUUUUUUUCCUUAAUAUGCAAGGACGUGUCUAAUAUGAAGGGUCUAUUUCAUUUUUUUCAAGUCGAGUUUUAUUAACUUUGUUAUCUGUAUUGUUUUACAAGUAUUUAUAUUUAUAAGAACUGCGUGUUUAAUUUGACAAACCACUUUCUGGUUGUUCCAUUGUUAAAAAUUCGUGUAAUAAAUUACA